AUGGCUUCCUUCAACUCCGACGAUCUUCAAUUCUCCGACCCUGAGGUCGAAUCUCCUCUACGCAACCCGCGGCUCGGGAACAAGUCUCUUGAGCAGAUCAAGUUGCAUGCGGACGCGGACCGCAUUUCCUCUAAGCGAACGGUGAAGCAGCUCACGUUCCAGCAUGGGCCCACCGUCAGCCGCGUCGCUCAGACGCUCUGGAUACGCCGCCUCGAGACGUGGCGCGAGGCGGUCGGUCAGGACGUGCGAAAGCCGUUCACGGGGGAUGAUCUAAUUCGAUUUAUGGAUGUCAUAAUUCCCAAGAUGGUCGUCGUUGAAGGCAAGCCUGGCCCGAACAGGAAUACCAUUAUUUCGGCCACCAAAUUGAUCAUGGCGUACGGCCACUUCAAGUGGUCUGAACAAGACGGUUUUCGCAUGACCGCACACGACACGAGCCGCUUUCGGUCGUUCUUGGAUAAGGCAACCAGGGACGGCCGAUUGACUACUGGCAAGUGGAAAAAACGGACGUGGAUUGGUUAUGCCGUUCUUUCACGCCUCGUACGGGCAUACCUGACCCACGGUAUUGAGCAAGGCACGUCCAACUGGGACGUCACCAUGGCCAGAUGCCUGUCGGUGGUCCUGGUCAGCAGCCUGGGUGCCCGAUGCGGCGAUGUUGGCCUGGCCGCGGGGUACAAGGGCAAGGCCUACUACAUGCAGUGGCGUCACAUUGAGCUUUUCCUCGAGGGAGACGUGCCGCUCUUUUCUGCGCUCCGCGUGCGUAUUACGCUUGAGUUCGAAAAGGGCAACAAGGAGACACACAAUGAGGAGACGAUCCGUUACCUCCGGCCAUUGAACGAUACGGCCAACUCCCACAUGUGCCCAGUAGCCCUGCUCCUCGUACAUGCCCUUCGCCACUCCCUUGUCGCCGGGAAUACACUAGGUGAGGUCCUCAACCUAGCUGUGAAGCGAUCCGACAGGGCCGUCGUUUGGUUAUUUCCCAACCGCCCAGUCCUGCCAAAGUUCGUCUCCGCGCCCUUCUGUCACUGCGACCUAGACCAGCCAGCUAUGACAACUCAGAUAAGCCUAACGAUCGCGAAAAUGGGUUUCGUCGCCGGUAUGCUCGAUCGGGCGCAUGGUCACGCUCUUCGCCUUGGAGCUGCUCGCGACGCAGCCCAUUUACCUGCAAGCGUGGUCGAUGGCUCGGGUCUGGCGACGGAAAACGUCCGUCAAAGUCUCGGUCACAAACAUGCGACCCUACAGAGCGGCACGACCGAUCGAUACGUAGGCGGAGCUUCGUCUGAGAUGUGGAAUCUCCGGGCACAAAUGCCGUACGAGCCCAAGGGACGAGAGUCGCGUUUCGCGUCGUCGUCAUCCAACCAUACCGGCCCAGAGGCCCGCGGUAGAACGACGCAGAUGUUGGCAGACCCUUCGCCGCUCCCUCUCCUCCGUGCGUCUCGCCAGCCGCUCGCCAAGAGAGACUCAAACGUCUGGUCCGCGCCAACAAUGGCGUCAUCAUCUGGGUCUGAUGAUAUCGACCCUGCUCUUAUCGACCCUGCUCUUAUGGACGAAGCGCAGGUUGAUGCAGCGGCAUUGGCCGUUUCUGAAACAGCAGUCCAGGCGCUACAGACGAGGUUGCUGCUUACUCACGGUAGCGAGGAGGCUCUCACUGCGGACGCUGUCGUCGUUAUCGACAACGACGACACCAAUCUGCAACUGCAUCGGUUUGGUGCCGCCGAAGCCGACGCUGCUGCAAGCACUGCAGCAAGCGACAACACGAGCGAAGAUGCCAAUAUCUUCUUUGACGAACUCGAUCAUCGCGAGGCUAUGGACACGGUGUCCAUGUCAUCGCCAGAGGCUUUUAUUGAAGGCUAUGCCAAGUAUAAUAUUGUUACUAAUUGUGUAUACGGCCGUGAAUGCGCCAAGGCUCCCUCUGGCAAGCCGUCAGACGAGGUCAUUGCACAAUUCUGCGUAGUUGGUGGCUCACGCGAUGCUCCUGAGCCAAUGCUCUACCGUUGCAAGAAGACACCCGGUUGCCCAGUAGCUUCCCCCUCUAAGAGCGCCUGCAAGGACCACGAGGAGUAUUGUAGCGACACUAAGGUACAACAAUUCGCUGAAGGAGCCGACAAGCUCGAAUCCGACUUCAAGUGCACCUACAAUGGCUGCGACUUCGUGCCCAGUCCCUUCUCGAAGCGUCCAAGAUACGUCCUCAUGGACCACGUUCGCUCUGUUCACAAGUUCGACCCAAAGGCUUGUCCCCACGGGUGUGCUCCAGAAACGCUCUACUACACCGAUGCGAAGUACAAGUACCACCUCGCUCACGCGCAUUCGGAUCGGUGGCCAGCGCGGUGUACUUACCCCGGCUGCAAUCACCCCAGGCCCUUUGCAACCCAUAGCUCACUCACGCACCACCUUAAAAGGACGCACCUUCUCUCAGAUGAAGAUAUGUUGCUGUAUAUGCCGCCUCUCCCUGCCACGCGCCAAUAUGUCGAGCAGACCUGCUGGAUGAAUGGCUGCGACAGGAUAUUCAACAGCAAAAAUGUCCACAUUAAACACCUUCGUAAGGCGCACAAGUGCUCCUUGGAAGAGGCUCAUCAGCUCAUGGAGGAAAAUGCAGAGUUUGAGAUGAUUACCCCAACGGUGGCAGUUAGGUCAAAGCGCCCAGUAACGACAAAGGAUUUGCAGAAGGUGAAGAAGGCUCGGACAUCCUCCACCAGCACUUGA